AUGUCUUCCACCGAGCAGUUCACUGUCCCUCUCCCCACCGCCACUGGCCUCAACGUUCCUGCUGGCCAGAUCGUCAAGGGUGCCGUCCAGGACGAUGGCUCCCUCCGUGACGCCGCUCUCCUCCUCGGUAUCAAGCUCGACUUGGAGGCCGAGGUCCACCUGACUGCCCGUGUCAAGGGUGACGUCGUUGUUGGUCUCUACUAG